ACGCUCAGGGAGCGCGCAGCGCGGCGAUCGGAUGUGCACUGUGUCCCUCGGACACAGCAGAUCACUGAUCAACGGAAAGAGCCAAAGAUGUCAGCUCGGUCAUGUGAUCAGCUGUGUCCAAUCACAGCUGAUCACAUGGGACAUCUACACUGAUCAUCAGGGCAUUGAUGAUCAGUGUGCCCUGAUGAUCAGUGUAGCCCCAGCAGUGCCACCUGUCAGGGUCCAUCAGUGCCUUGUGUCAGUGCUCAUCAGUGCCUCGUGCCAGUGCCCAUCAGUGCCACAUAUCAGUGCCCAUCUGAGCUGCCUUUCAGUGUCACCCAUCAGUCCCAGUCAGUGCCACCUAUCAAUGACAAUCAGUGACACCUAUCAGUGCUGCCAAUCAGUGCCACCUAUCAGUACUUUACUUAUCAGUGCCAUCUUUCAGUGCCCAUCAUUGAUGCCAGUCAAUGCCCAUCAGUGCCACCUACCAGUGCCUCCUCAUCAG